AUGGCUAAAAAGAGAGGAGAGAUUGCAUUGCAAGAAGAAAUUGUGGACGAAGAUAGUUGGAACGCACUACGUAUAAAGCAAGGGUUAAUAGUUGUAGAUGUCUACCAAGAAUGGUGUGGUCCUUGUUCUGCUGUUGUUGGUCUUUUUAAACGACUCAAAACGGAACUAAACGACGAUUUGUUGCAUUUUGCAGUUGCAAGAGCAGAUACUGUAGAAAGCUUUCAACUGUACCGAGGGAAGUGCGAACCUUAUUUCCUAUUUUUUGGAGGUGGAUGCCUUGUUGCAGCAGUAAAAGGAGUAAAUCCCCCACAGUUGGAGGAAUGUAUCUUAAGCAAGUUAAAGCAAGAACACGAUGUUAUAAGCGGCGAAGCUGAAAGGGUUGAGAUACGUGAUCCUAUGGUUAUUGCUAAAGAACUAAAAGAGGCAGAGAUUAAACAAAAAAAAGAGGAGGAGGAGGAGGUUGAACAGGAGCUUACCUUAGCAGUACUGAAACCUGAUGUUGUUCAGUCAGGAGUAGCAGAACAGAUUAUUGGAGAACUCGAAGAUAAAGGUAUCGAAAUACUCGAAAGCCAAGAACAUUUGUUUACUACUGAAGAGGCUGAAAUCUUCUAUGAAAAUGUUAAAGAUCAGCCUUAUUUUCAAGAUCUGGUUGGAUUUAUGACAUCUGGUCCAAGCAAAAUUAUAGUCUGUGCAUUAAAAGGCAAGCAAGACAUUAUCAGUGAGCUGAGAGGGCUAAUUGGACCGUCUAUUUUUGAAAAGGACUCAGAGGAAAUGAAUGAAACGAUAAGAGCAAAGUAUGGUACAGGAAUAAUCAAGAAUGCGAUCCAUGCAUCAAGCUCAAAAGAAGAGGCUGCAAGAGAACUAGCGUUUUUCUAUCCAGGUUAUGAGCCACCAGUAAUUACAGUGAAACGUACCCAACCAGUUGGUAAAGAACAUGAAGAAACAGUUCAUGCUACUGGAAAACAUGAAAUUGAACGAACAGUUGCAGUAUUACGACCACAAGCUUAUGAAUUAUAUAAAGAUGAAAUAGUAAAACAAAUUAAAAAUUCUGGAUUUACAAUAGCACUGGAGAAAGUUAUACAACUGACUAAAGAACAAGUAGAAGAAUAUUAUAAGGAGCAUAUGGGACAACCAUAUUUUGGGGAAUUAACUACUGUAAUGUCCAGUGGUCCAUGUUUGGCUUUAUUAUUAGCUAGAGAAGAUGCUGUCGCUAAAUGGAGAGAAAUGUUAGGCCCAGAAAGUGUUAAUGAAGCUAAAGCUACAGCUCCUGAAUCAUUACGAGCUCAGUUUACCAUGACCAGUGGGAAAAAUAAAGAAAUCAACCUUCUACAUGGAUCAGCUAACGAGCAUGAAGUGGAGAAAGAUAUUAAUGUAUUUUUCCCAGUCGAAAAGACAGUUGCAGCCAUUAAACCAGAUGCAUAUGCUAAUAGAGAUGAAAUUAUUGAAAGGAUUGAAUCAGCUGGUUUUCAUGUGGCAGCACGUAUAGAAACAACUCUUACCAAAGACAUAGCUCGAAAACUAUAUGAAAACUGUUCUGGUCAACCAUUUUACGAUGAUCUAGUUAAUCAUAUGGUCAGUGGUCAAACUUUGUUCAUGAUUUUGACAAGAAGUAAUGCAAUUUCCGGUUGGCGGCAACUUAUGGGACCAACAGAUCCAAACAAAGCAUCUGACGAAUCAUCAGAAAGUAUUCGUGCAAUUUAUGGUAGAGAUAUUCUUCGUAAUGCAGUUCAUGGAUCAUCAAAUAAAGAUGAAGUUCAGCGGAUUCAGAAUUUAUUAUUCAGCCGUAUCGAAGCUAGUGAAGAAAACCAAACGAUGUCGUCAAGAAGUAGUAGACGAGAUUCAAUAAAUGAAGAAUUGGAUACGGAUAAAGAUCACUCAUAUGAAGUUAAAGAAGAGCAAGAAGCUGAACCAGCUAGAUCACAAGAAAAUGAAGAAACAAAAGGUGGGGUUCACAAAACUCAAGAUACAUAA